CACUGCUUGUUUUGUUUUGGUUCUUGUGAACGUUUCAAAAAUAUUUUUUUUCGUUCGUACACAAUCUUAAAUAAUAUAACAGCUGACAUGGAUCUAAAUAACUUUUGCCAUGAGCUCCCAAAAGUCGAGCUACACGCUCAUUUGAAUGGGUCUUUAAGUCGAUCUACUAUGUUACACUUGAAAAGAUAUUACGCUGACUCUGGAUUAGAAGAUAAGACGAACGCCUUUUUUGAUGAAUUCCAAAUAGGCGCGGGAGAUUGCAGAAACUUGUCCGACUGUUUUCAAGUGUUUAGCAUAGCCCACUCCUUAACAAGCACUCCGGAGGCUUUAGCUAUGGCGACAACUCUAACUCUCCAAGAGUUCCACAGUGACGGGUGCUGUUACAUCGAACUCAGGAGCACUCCGAGAAACACUCAGUACAUGACCAAAGAACAAUAUGUUGAUACAAUUGUGCAUUGUAUGCAGAAAUCAUCACUGCAUUUAUCUAUGCUGUCGCGUUUUAUAAUAUCCAUUAACCGAAGCUAUCCAGUGGCAGAAGCUGAAGCGAUUGCAGAACUGGCUAUAGCGAGCUAUAAAAAAUACCCAGACGUGGUUGUGGGUUUGGAACUUAGUGGUGAACCUACCAUUGGGAAGUUUCAGGAUUUUGUACCAGCUCUUACUAGAGCCAGAGAAGCUGGAUUAAAAAUUACUCUUCACUGUGGUGAAGUUUGUAAUCCAGAGGAAAUAAUUGAAAUGCUUAAAUUUAAACCAGACAGGAUUGGCCACGGGACUUGUAUACAUCCUAGAUUUGGAGGCACUAAUGAUACUUGGUCUGCAUUAUGUGCUAGUAAAAUACCUGUUGAAGUCUGCCUGACUAGCAAUGUGAACACAAAAUCAACUCCUGAUUAUGAUUCCCACCAUUUCAAGGAUUUGUAUGAAGCUGGGGUCCCUGUAAUCAUAUGUACUGAUGACAAAGGUGUCUUCACGACAUCGUUAUCAAACGAAUACAGAAUAUGUGCUGAAACAUUUAAUUUAGAUCAAUCAAGAGUGGCGAGAUUAUCCCUUGAUGCCUGCCAACACAUUUUUGCGGAUGUUCAAAAAACAGUUGUGAAUAAAGUGCAGAGUUUCAUAGAUAAAUAUAAUAUCUAAAUUACUUAUUGGUUGUUUGAUCGAGAAAUAAAAUAUUUGUAAUUA